AUGGACAGUUCAUCUGAGGUGCCGAGCGUCAAGGGCCAGCUGCGAACAUACUACGCAGGCAUACCCCAAUUCAUCCAGGUCUCUGAUCAUCAGUUCGUUGAGCUCGAGCUUGCAAUGCAAUGGAUGGAUCUGACGCAGAUUGCUGUUUCGGCCACAAAUUGUGCACACUUGUAUGGGAUUGCCCAUGCUCGUCGCAGUCGCACCGACAACGUUGAUGACUGGCAGUUUGGGAGUUCUCUAACCACUGAACAAGUCUGGGAUUUGUUCACCCUGCUUGCCCUCCUUGAUUAUCUUCAACCACGAGAUGAGCAUCUUAUUGUGCCGCAUGACGGUGACCAGAAACAUCGCUUUACGACUGCAAUGUAUGCACGCAACAGCCGGAUUGUUCUUGAAGGCCAAGACGAACUCCCUCAUGCUUGCUGUGCAUGCAUGCGCAUUUUUGAGUCACCGGAUGGCACACUGCGCCGUACUGAGGUCAUUGUUACAGACGCGGAACAUCAUGCCCUCGAGACUGUCUGUGCUGUUGAUGGUUGCGAUCAGCCGGUCAUGGUUGACACUGAGACGGGAAAGAAUCGUAAGGCAUGCAAGGACCCAGUUCAUCUGCUCAUGGAAACCGCCAACAUCAAUUCAUCACGCAGUGGAAAGAGCAAGACACAGCGUCAGAAGCUUGCCAGGUUGAAUGAUGCCAUAGGCACACAAGUGGACGAGGACAUCACCCUUCAGGAUGUUGAAGAGUGGUAUGAGCAUGAUGUACCCUCCGGUGCAGUUUGA